AUGCUCCGGAGCAUCCUACUUCUUGUGAUCUGCGUCACUGCCGCGGUCUUGGCAGCAAUCGUCCCGGAGACAUGUUACCCAGACACGUGAGUUCUUUUCAAGCCUGACUGACAUCUUCAUACCUCACUGGUUCCUGGUGUAAAUGAAAUUAACUAAAGUCCUUUUAACCACUUUUCACCAGGAACCAGAAGAACCAAAACGGAGUACGGUAGACGCAGAUACUUUUCCGUCACUUCCGAACCGCUUCCUUCUUCUUUUCCCUUGGAAAUAAUUGGAAACCUAAUCCUCUCCGGAGGAGGGACUCCUCUCUCUCUCUCUCUUUCUCUCUCUCCAAUUUGCUCAUCUCCCACGGAGCCACGAGCUCUUCAGUCGAGUAACGAGCCUCAAUAUGAUAAUUGAUGCGAUGGAGCGGGGGCUCUUCUGACCAGACCUUUCCAAUUUGGCGUGACGAGGACCACGUGUAAGUGACAAAUGAGCCGUGGCAAAAUGAUAUGAUGUGCCCGGCCCCGAGGCUGUCUCUCUCGAGCCAAUGCGUCCGUCGGAAGAGCUCCCACACCAUCUAUUAUGCAUUAAAAUGGGCGGUGCUUUGCUUCAGUGCUGUUUUGAUGAAUGAUCGUAUAAUAUACAACAAAUUGGGCGAGGAUUCCUUCGAGCGCAUCGAAACUUUCGAGAACAAUGGCGCCGUGUUGGAUUCAAUUACAAGUGCGCUCCAAUGAACUUUGGUAGUUGGUCCGAAGGAGGACGUGGCAGAACGGCUGCUUCUGCUGGCGGUGGCGUCCCGCUCUAAACCUUGCACAAAGUGUUUCCUGAAGUUGAUGGCAGUCCAUCGAAAACAUUCGUACACACCCGGCGAUUCAGUGCCUCUACGGCCAAUCAGAAAACAAAAUAAUUGUGCGCUGAAAACAUAGAUUCUUCGUAAUCGUGCUUAGAAAAAGAGCAGGAUGCAAAAAAGAAUGUGUCAAGAGCACACAUAAAUCAGCCGAUCGGUUCCACUAACAAGGCUAAUACUUUCCAUUUUGCUCGCGCUUCAUUCAUUCAUUUACGUGGGAGCUCCACACGCAGCAAGAAGAAGGAGAAAAAGGAGAAGAAGAAGAAGGAGAAGCUCUCGAUUUUCCAAUUAAUUGGAGGAGGCGCCGUUGAUGAAAGAUGAGCAGAAAACGGAGCAGAAAUGGCUUCUGAAGACGGAAGGGAAGAUUAACGGAGAAGUCGGAUAAUGCGACGUUUUCACUUUCCUAGAUUGAACCCAACCCGCUUCUUCUUCUUCUUCCCGUUGAAUAAUGACUGAGCGAGGCGAGCAUGGGAAAAUGCUCCGCGAACACCUUCUGGUCAGCACGGCGCGAAGGUCUCCCCUCGAUUGCUUGUUGAUCGUCGUCGUCGACGGCGACUUCCUUCCUUCCGAAAUUUCCGAAAAUAUGCGCUUCCACUUGUCUCCGCCACGUCGUCCUGCAAAUCGAAUUUGAGUGUGUCGGGGCGCCUCCCGUCCAGAAUUAUUCAAAUUCCCGCCCAAUUUGGGCCAUAUUCAACCCAGGACUGCCUUCUGUAUCUUUCGCUUCUCUUCCUUCUUCUCCUUCCUCCUCCUUCUUCUUCUUUCCCUUAUUCCAUUUCUCGACUGGCUCCGGAAGGCGCAAAAAAUGGCGGGUAAUUUGGGCGAAGAAGGCAUUGAGACUCCCUGGAGAAUGAGUCGACAUGGAUAAGAAAAGAGAGAAAAAAAGAAGGAAAAGCGAGAAGAAGGACAGGGUGCUGACGGGGUCGGCCCACCAAAAACGGUGAUGAUUGACUGGUGGUGAACUAUGCGAAAAGGGCAGAAGCGCCAUUUUCGUAUAGAUGCAAAACGACGAACUUCAGAUGCGCCGAUCCCGAAACCGACACGUUCUUCUCGUACGGUACGUGCUGCGAUAACGAGUGCUGCUUCAGACUACGGUACUGGGUCUAGUGAGUCACUUCCGAAAUCAUUGCCUUUUUUCACCGCUCAUUCCGUUUCAGUCCGGCCAGCAUCGCAGGCAUCGGCUUCGUGGCGGGAGCAUUCUUCGCGCUGUGCUUCCAAUGUCGCUAG